AUGGCCAACACGGAGCGCACCUUCAUUGCCAUCAAGCCGGACGGCGUGCAGCAUGGCCUGGUGGGCGACAUCAUCAAGCACUUUGAACAGAAGGGAUUCCGUCUUGUGGCCAUGAAAUUCAUGAAGGCCUCUGAGGAGCACCUGAAGCAAUAUUAUAUUGACCUGAAGGACCGCCCAUUCUUCCCGGGCCUGGUGAAGUACAUGAAUUCAGGACCAGUUGUGGCCAUGGUCUGGGAGGGGCUGAAUGUGGUCAAGACAGGUGGAGUGAUGCUUGGGGAGACUAACCCAGUGGAUUCUAAGCCAGGCACCAUUCAUGGAGAUUUCUGUAUUCAGGUUGGCAGGAACAUUAUUCAUGGCAGUGAUUCAGUAAAAAGUGCUGAGAAAGAAAUCAGUCUCUGGUUUAAGCCAGAGGAAUUGGUUGACUACAAGUCUUGUAGCCAUGACUGGAUCUAUGAAUAA